GGCUCAUAUCGCGACUGCACACGUCUCUCCUCUCAUUGAUCCUUUGAUCGCCGCUCCUUCUCCAAACUGAAAGGGAACAGAGGCGGCCCAGCACCUAGGCGCCCGUGAUUCUCGUAGUACCUCGACAUCGCCGUCUCCACACCGCUCUUUUGCCCACGGUGACAUCGUCGACGGCUUCGCUGCUUGUGCCAAAGGGGCCGACAACUCGACCUCUGGCACAGGCAUCGCUUCCUCCCACAUCUUUCGUCGGCCUCAUCUUUUCCAACUGUAACUCCACCAACGGACUGGCGCGCGGGCGCGUCACAUGAGCUGGCGACCGCGCGACUGGGGAGGAGUCGGCUGAAGUCCUGUUGGCGGUGCUAUUGGUCAGAAGAUUAGCAGCAGUGGGAGCAGCAGCAGCGGCGGCGGCGGCGGCGCAAUGAACACGAUGAACACGGUCAACUCGCUCAACAACCAAAAGUCAGCCCUCUCGGCCGCGUAUGCCGAGCUGGGAAAGGAGCUCUCCACCGGCCGACUCAGGUCGGUGGGUGCAUACACACUGGGCAGACCGAUUGGCGAGGGGACCUUUGGUAAGGUGCGGCUGGGCACCCACCGGCUGACGGGCACCCGCGUCGCCAUAAAGCAGGUGCCCAAGGCUCUCAGCGCAAGCCUGACGAGGGAGAUCCAUCACCAUCGACGGCUCCAUCACCCGCACGUCAUGCAGCUCUUCGAGGUCCUGGCCACCGAGACCAACAUCUGGAUGGUAUCGGAGCUGUGUGCGGGUGGCGAGCUGUACGACUACCUCGUUGAGCGCGGCGUCAUGCCCGAGCCUGAAGCCCGGCGCCUCUUUGGCCAGCUCUGUCUGGCCACUGCCUACAUACACGGAAGGGGAAUCGUGCAUCGAGACCUGAAGCUGGAGAACGUGCUCCUCGACGAUCGCUGCAACGUCAAGCUGGGCGACUUUGGCUUCACAAGGGAGUUUGAGGGCAAGAAACUCAUGGAGACAUUUUGCGGCACCACGGGCUAUGCUGCGCCCGAAAUGCUGGCGGGGAAAAAGUACACGGGCGAAGAGGUCGAUAUUUGGUCACUGGGUGUCAUUCUGUAUGCGCUCCUCUGCGGUGCCUUGCCCUUUGAUGAUGACGACGACGACGUCAUGAAGAGCAAAAUCCUCAAGGGCGACUACGAGUUGCCUGAGCAGCUCUCAGAAGAGGCACGCGAUCUUGUCUCGAAGAUCCUGCAACAGGAGCCGAGCGCACGGCCAUCUAUCAAGUCGAUUCUAAGUCAUCCCUGGUUCUCAAAGAUCAUGGCGACGACACCAAUGGCAACGGUCGAGGAGCAUGAAGGAACCGAGGAUCUGGGCUACUUUGCUAAUGCUGAUGCCGAUGCGGAGGCCAGCAAGACCGGCAAAGAACCUUCUUCCGCCCCACGAGACGCACUCAAGGCUGUUGAUGUCAACCAGGACACAAUUCCCUCGAGUGCAGAGGCAACAGCCACCGCGUCGCCUGCCGGCUCGAGUGCCGUGCUUGCCGCCGCUGGCUCCUCCGAUGAGCCAUCUCCAGCGCAGUCUGCGCAAAGCAAGGAAGGUCUACACCUGCAAAUUGGCAACCAUGUUGGUUCUUCAUCAGGCGUUUCGGAGACGAGCUUCCACUCGGCUCACAGCGACGGCGAUUCGAGCGAUCGGAGAUCGCAACGGACCGCCACAACAGACCCUACGACGGAGGAAGGCGAGACGGAGGGUACCGCCAAAGAGCCUCAUGAUAGACCAGAGUCCAGCGCCGCCCUGGCUCUGCACCGUAAUGAAUCACAAACGACGAUCCGGAGAACCAGCUCCUCGGGCAGCGACAGCUCGAGAAGAGCCGCUGUGAUUGCAGGCAAGGCCGCUGCUGCCGCCGCCUCAGCUCCCCUGCCGACGCACCACGAGAUCUCUAGCUCUCCCGGGUCUUCGCCCGAAGGCGAAGACGAGGAAGAAGCUUCGUCAGCCAUCAAGCGGCCCGAAUCGGCACCUUUGGAAAAGCGAAGCUCUCAAGGCUCGUCGAUGGGUCACCAUCGCACACCCUCGAGAACCAAACGGCGAUCCUUCAGCGGGCUCUCUGACCACCAUCCGCCCAUGCUCGACAAUCGGCCGAUCGACUAUGUUGCACAGCUCGAGCAGUCGUCGCCCGCGCUUUUCUCCUCUACCCUUGAACAGAAUGUUCUACAUCAGCUCAGCGGAUUGGGCAUGGACGUGGGUCAGAUUGUUCACAGCGUUGUUGUGGAUGCGUGCGACGCGACAGGUGCUCUCUGGUGGAUGCUCAAGAAGAAAGCGGAGGAAAAGAAAGCGCUCGAGUCACCAAAGGCGACCAAUGUUACUCCAGUGGCUACUUCGUCUGCGCUUGGCUUGCCGCCCCCGCCCCUGCCGCCGAAAGACCCGGCGCGCCGAGCGCAUGAAGAAGCAGUCCGGGGAGACUCCAUCGAUCAGGCCCUCUUGGCACUAACAAGCCUCCAACAGGACAGGGCACGGCGCUCACCGACGGAGGAGAAGAGCAAUCCUAUGAAGCCGCAGGCGGAGAGGCGCAAGUCGUCGUCUCAGCGAGCUGAUGGCGCCAAGGAGGGAGCGAGCGUGAAGUCGCCGAGAAAGAAAACACUGAUCGAUUUGGCGAGAUCGAGUCCUUUGGACCCUAGCGGCGAGAGCAGUAGUAGCAGCAGCGUCAAUGGAGGUGGCAGUCCCUCGAGGCCCCAGCGGUCUACGGAACGCAACCGAACAAACUCCUUCAGCGUUCGAUUGUCUAACGUCCUCAAGGGCCAGGAUCGUGACGGGGUUAGUGGCAGUGGUGCAAGCGGCAGCGGUCAACGUCGAGACUCUCCCGAUGCAGUCGUCAUUGGGGAUGAAGAGCUGCCGCUCGAAAGGUCGAAGAGCCCCGUCGGCGCCUUUUUCAGCAGUGCCAAGAGGGAGGACAAGGAGAAGAAAAAGGCAGCCAAGCUCGAUGCACGACUGCCGCUUCGAAAGGAAGCCACGAUCAAAGCUGCCAUGCCUGCACUAGAGACGGACAAGGAGAACAAUGAAAAGAUUGUUCCGACAUCGAGUACUACUAGCAGCUUUGCAAGUUCACCCGCCAGAUCGAGUGGCAAGGAGAAGGAGAGGGACACCGUCGUUGAGAGGGAGCCGACAGCGUCGCAGUCGGUGGAGACAUUCAGCACAGUCACGUCGUCCAACGAAGAAAGAUCCUCAUCUAGGACUCUUAGCGACUCGACGAGCCCUACAAAGGGAGCGCGAGCCAAAGCCUCUUUCCUGACAACUGUUCGAAACUGGCUUGGGACAGAAGACAAGGCGACGAUGCGGAGGAAAGCAAAGUUCAAGGGGCAAAAGCACCCUCCCUCAAACUUGGGCCAUGCAGGUCCAAGCGCGACGAGUCAGACAAUGGCGAGAACGGGAAGUGUUCGUAGUCGGAACAGCCCAUACCCGCCUCCCUCGGCUGGCAGUGUCUCUCGUCGGUCACCUCGACAGACACUGGCGCACCAGAGAGGGUCGCUCAGCCGUAGAAGCUCGUCAGGAAGUGCCUACGGAUAUGAAGGUGCGCCAUCGGCAUCGGCUCGACCAGUGAGCAUGCGAAGAUUGAGUGCCGGAAGCAUUACGCCCACGGGGACCGGAUCGCUCUUCGCAGAAGAUUUUGGUAGCGUACCUUUGACAGCCUCUUCGCAGCGAUCGAGCCGGCCUGGAAGUGCCCAGUCUUUCAAUCGACAACCCCAGUCGGGCUUGCGGGGAAGGACAGGGUCCGUAAGCAGCACUGGCUCCCUUAUGAGACAACAGCAACAGGGUGGCGGCGUGCACGGCAGCGCAGCUGGAGCGUCGACCUACAGUGGCAGUCUCCGUGGCAUCCAUACCCGACGUCCAAGCGACGGUGGUUCCACUGUUCGAAGGCAUCGCAAAUACCCAAGCAGCACACACUCGCUUCGAGCAAGGUCUGAGUCCGAUGAGAUCUCUCGACCUUCUACGCCCACCAGGCACGACGAAGCUCGCGAGGGCGGGCCGGUGGCAACGCAGACCCCGAGAAGAUCCAUCGAUUCCUCGGUCGAAGUUGGUGCUGAGACGAGAAGUCGAGCGCUUAGCUCGCCAGAAACGCCCCGACAAAGUGUCUUCGUUGCUCAUCGCUCUCGCACUCCGUACAAGCCACCAUCGGCCAAUGCUUCACUUCACCAUCAUUCCUCAUCAACGUCUUCGUCCCUUUCUAGUCAUCCUUCACACCUCCACCCUCACCAUCAUCAGCACUCUCACUCCCUUCCCACCGAUCCUUUGGCCUCUGCCAGGAAAUCAGCUGUGUCGUCAGCUUCAGGCACGGUUGCGACCGCAAGAGCAGCGGCGACCGAGAGCGCUCCGAAAGCUGCGACGUGGAGGCGAUCAUGGGGCCGACCGCCGCCGAACUGGGCUGGAUUUGUCGACCCGCCGCAGCCGCCGGCCCGGAGCACUUCGAAAGCAAAUCACGGCGCAGGCGAGGAUGGCAUGCCCAAGCUUCGCGACGUUUUUGCGGACAAGAGCUCUCGGUCAGGUCACGGAGGCCUGAGUGAGGAUGACGGAUGGGAGGACGAGGACGAGGAGGGCGACGAGCCAGUGUACGCAGGUGGCCUUGGCCAGCUGAAUAGCUGGGCCUCCUCAGUCGGCGCAGCUCGUGCGAGCCAAUGGGCGAUGGGCGAUGCGGCUUCGACAUCAUCCUCGUUGUCGCCACAGACUCCAGGGUUCAAUAAUAGCAGCAUGGCGAGCAGACGAGCCACAUCGUCUCCAUUUACAACUCGCACGUCAGCAGCAGCUCCGAACGUAUUUCCGGGCUCCAUGGAGGCGCCGAGGGGCGGGGCAAGCGGUGGUUUUGCAAGCAGCACGGGCCGAUAUGCCGGUGUCCGCUCGCUUUUCCAGCCUCCAAGCCUGGGAAGAGAAACGAUGCCAAGGCUGUUGAGCGCAACGAUGCCUGCGCUUGCGAGUGGAGCGACAGGCGGCAAGGGCAGCGAUGGUGGACCGCCAAGCACAUCUGGUGCAAGCGAGCGCGGACCUUCUCCGACUCUGAAGAAUUCCCCAGCAAUAACGACGACGCUGUCCGAGAAGGAGGCGGCUGGGUCUGCGGGAAGCACAAGAACAAGGACCGGGCCCCCUUCGGCGUUUGCGAGCGUGAAGACAAUCGAGGAGGAAGAGGAGGACUAGGAGUGGAGCAGUUCCAACUCCAUAUCGACAAAAGCCUCAGUGUCUGGGUUGCUUUGACUUCUUAACCCCUCGCCUCAACUUCUCCUUUCCCUCAACACUAUUGAUACCCCACACCCGCCCCCCUUCCAUUCUUUUUUUCUGUUCUCAGUAGACGAUGUACUCUGGAUUCUCCUCUCGCUCGUUCUUUUCCAUCAAUCAUCAUUGGGCAGGAG